AGAUACAAUAAACUGAAUAUGGGAUUUCGACAAAGUACAAUACACUUAUGUAUAUCGGUAUGAACGUAUGAGGUAUUUAAUAUAGCUAUCAAUCGUAUGCGUCCAAACGACAAAUAAUAACAUGGAGGAAGAUGAUCUGCGCUUAGCGCGUGAUUUCUCCCCCUUGACUACCACAUUCGACUCCGCACUACAAUUAAAGGAUACUCAAGAACAGACCACUAACGACUCUAGGGGAAAAUAUGAUCGCUCGAACGUGGGGCCACGGAAUUCAGAAACUACAAGUACAAGGAGUGGCUUCACAAGUAACAGAUGUGGAGGUCGCACUAAAGCUUGCAGUUCGGAUACCAUUCUGGAACAUGUAACCACCGGCGACAGCCAAGUAUAUAGCAGUGAUCUGCCCCUGUUCAGUGAGAACAUUCCAGCAGCAGACGCUGUUGAGAAGCGCCCAGCACGUCACUUAUCAAUUGAGACUCUGUCUUCUACAUUGAGCGGCGGCUCUUUAGAUCCGCCUGAGGGGGCUGCCGAUUUCAACAUCUCACCGCAGCUCCGAAAGUACGCUAUCGGUAGCGAAGACCUCGCCAACCUCUUACGAACAGCACGAUCGGAAGAAACAGCUGUGCUGGACUGUCGGUCGUUCGUGGCUUACAAUUCCGGCCACAUCAGGAAUGCUGUAAAUAUGAAUUGCCCUACGCUGGUUUUGAAACGGCUGCAGGCGAGAAUUCGAAAAGAAGAAGCGGAGAAAUACGGGAAUGAUCACAAUAUAGCUAGUGUGGGACCAAAAUGCCUCGCAGAUAAGGCCUUCGUCGUUGACAAGUUGUUAUCUUCGCCUCAGGAGAACCACGUCGAACUCAAAGAAAGGUGUAAAUUAGGGCUUAUACGGAAUAUGAUCCUGUGCGGCGAUGAAGCACUUUCGAAGGUCGCCGCAGGCGAGGCAUCUUGUUUGUUGGAGCGCCUCCUCGAUAUUUUAAAGAAUCAGCAAACUGUAUUAUAUUAUUUGAAAGAACCAUACAUUCAAUUUGCCAAGCGGUACGCAGACUUGGUUGUAACGAUCCAAUCAGUGGACAAAGAGAAGGUUCAUAAAACGCCGCCACCUUCCGCCUUACUAGCCAGUAAAAAUAUGGAAAUGGAACCGACAAGAGUUCUUUCUUAUCUCUAUCUUGGAAACAAGCGGAAUUCUGCAGACAUGGAGUCACUCAAAGCUUUGGGCAUCACACAUAUACUGAACGUUGCCAAAGAGUGUAUACCGCAGAGUGACAAUAAUCAAGACAUGCGAUAUAAGAACAUCCCACUGCUCGAUUCGACUGAAGAGGAUAUCUUAUCCGUGCUGGAGGAAUCGAUUCUGUUCAUCGACACUGCGAAGGAUUCGAAUGGGAAAAUUCUGGUGCACUGCGUUGGAGGCAUCUCUCGAUCCGUGGCGGUCAUCCUGGCCUAUCUUGUACGGACAAACGAAGUGACUCUGGAUUCAGCAUAUGCUUUCAUGAAGGAAAGGAAAUCGAAUAUAUCACCGAAUAUUAGCUUUAUGGGACAACUUUUAGAGUUUUCGAAAAAUGAAGAACAGAAGCGGGAGUCGAAGAAAAGUAUCAAAUCGAGAGCUCGACAAAAUACAUUGUCACGGACCAAAACUGUAGGUUAGCACCGAACUCAUUGGAUGAGAAUAAGUGAUUAACUUGGAAAGGUCGAGUACAUGAAAUAAUAAUAAUGUCCAUCGCUUAAAUUACAAAAGUCUGCAAACAAGGAG